AUGGUAGCGACGAGACGCGCCACAGACAAGGGGUGGUUGCCAGAUAGCUUCGUCCGGGGCAGCAUGUAUCGGAAGGCGAUACUUCCGGGCGAUGAAGAGCUGGGCAAGAAAGACGAUGACCAUAGAUACAAACCCGCGCGGCAUUCCAGCUGGUCAGGCUGGAGCCACACGUUUCGCUGGCGGCGGCGGAGGAUACUGCUUGCAGUAGUGGGCUUGUUCCUGCUGUACUACUGCUUCCUCAGCGGCUCUGACGACUACGAAGAGCCGGACGAGCCACGAUAUCGAGGACGGCCAAUCACAUCCACAUAUCAGAAGCCGAGCGCGGACGGCGACGACGAACCCACGGGAGCGCCACCGGGCGUACAGAAACCAAGGCAUGGAGAGGCGGUCCCUCGUACAUACGAUGGACAGAUACGCUUCUUCCGCCUCGCCAGCUCACUGCGCUCAUCCGCCUCGGCAACGGGUGGCUAUGAGAAGAAGAACAGAAACAUACUAUUCGCAAUGUCGAGCUUGAAGAGUGCAUCGACGCUUUUGCCCAUGGUAUGCGAGAUGUCGCAAUGGAACAGGAACCAUGUACAUGCGGCUUUCAUGGGCAGGGAAGAUAUACCAGUAGACGAUCUGCUAGAGAUAAACGGGAUAGACAAGGUCAAGUGUCCUGCUGUAUGGCACGAUGCGCGACCGGAUUACAUGGAGUAUAGUACCGAUGUACGCGCUGAGACGGCCGUGAUGGGUGCUAUGCAGCACAUCAGCAGCUUUCUCCAUCCUCAAGCAGCCAUCAUCGACGAUUCCGUCUCAGAAGACCAGUUCUUUGUCCGAGGCAUGCGAACCAAAACGGGAGUGCUUAAGAUGCCUCUCAUUGAAGUACCAAAAGACAGAUUGGAGGACUUUGCUUGGGUCUCACGGCUCGAUGCUGGCUCACUCAGGCACUGGCACGAUCCUACCGUAGACAUUCUCAUCCAAGUACCACCAGACUCUUCCAGCGUUCUGCGAUUACUGAAAUCAAUCAAAGACGCCGAUUACAGUGGUCUGAGACCGCCUCGUAUCACCGUCGAGCUGCCAGCCGAGCUCGACAUCUCAGUAAAAGAGCACAUUGAAAGCUUCAAAUGGCCCCCACAUAAUGAUAAUCCCAUGGCAGGGAGCGGACUCAGUAUCAGACGCCGCAUCUCAAACCAUCGCCAUAACCAGGAGGACUCUGCAAUUCGCUUCUUGGAGUUAUUUUACCCCACCAACACGAUCAACUCACACGUAUUAUUACUCUCUUCGCAAGCGCAGCUGUCGCCACAGUACUUCCACUUUGUCAAAUACGCCUUGUUGGAGUACAAGUACUCGACCUACGGCGCAGAGGACAAUGACAAUCUCAUGGGUAUUAGUCUAGAGUUGCCAGCGGUGCUCCUCGAUGGCAAGACGAAGUUGGAACCCCCGUCGACAGGCGACAUGCACACUGACCGAUACAAGAAGCUGCAUCAAGGUGCCAAGAGCGUGCCUUUCAUGUGGCAGGCUCCAAACAGCCACGCGGCAUUGUUGUUAGGAGACAAGUGGGCAGAGCUGCAUUCGUUCCUCGGCAAUCGUGUGGUCAAGCAUCAGCAAUCAGCCAAAACGACAUCUCGGGGAAAGUUGGUAUCCGAGACACUGCCCGCAUGGACCGAGUACAUGCUUGAGUUCAUGCGCGCGCGCGGCUAUUCGCUGCUUUAUCCUGCGACGACGUCCAAUGCGUUGGUCACGAUUCAUAACGAGUUGUACCACGUCCCCGAGGAGUUCUCUGCUGUAUUGCCCAGAGACGGUCAAGAAACACCUGCCAUGCCGUUGGAGACAGAUGCACCAUUUCUGCGCGCCGAUACACCACCUCAGUCUCCUCAAACUUCCGAAACACCCGUCAUUCCAGACACAAUGCCGCUGCAUCAGGCGCUACCUUUCAACGGCGAUCUUCCCGAGAUCCCUCACCUACCCCAGCUUCUCUAUGACGGACAACAAAUUGCUCCGGCAAACAUAUCCACUGUGGCAAGAGAGUACGCAGACAUAUUCCGCAAGGAGGUUGGUGGCUGCAAGAUACCCAAAGGUAAGCACAAGAAGGUUGUCGGGGGUGAAGCAAGCGACUUGUUCUGUUUUGGAGAGGACGAUGAUGGCGACUGGGUCGAAGAUGAAAGCAGAGAGGUGGAGAUGUUUGAUGCGCCGAUUGAUGAUCAAUUGGAGAAGUUGAUCGAGGAUGCACUAUCUGCUGUGGCGACGUCGACGAGGGAGCGGACCAUCACCAAGCCCACCAUUGUCGCGGAUGAGGCAUAG